AGCAUUUCUCUUUGCUACGAAAGUUAUGUUACCAAUGGUAUAAUCACUCAAUCACUCAUUACGUAAUGAAUAAACAAACAAAAUAGAAAGGUGGGUACCGAGUACACAACCGAGUACUACCGACUGGAACACAUUCAGUUGGUUGUUUACCAUUUACCUGCGUACGUUGCACGGUUGAGUAACGAGCAUGUGAGACGCUGCAUUAAAAGAAAACAAUUCAUACCUGCUCUAAUUUCACGUGACAGAAUGUGUUAGUUGAAAAGUUCUUUUUUUGUGUUUAUUGCGACUUUAAUGGAACAAAUAUGGAUGAAGAUUGGUUGCUCUACUCAGUAACAUCCUUCACGUUUGCUGUAAUUUUUUUCUUUUGUUACAUUCGACAUGUUUUCACAUUUUUCGAAAGAAAUAAAAUACCAAGGCCAGUACAUCCCACAUUUCCAUUCGGUAACGUUUACAAUGUAAUUCGUAAAAGAACGAGCAUGUUUAUGCAGUUGUGGGCUUUCUAUAGUAGAUUCAAACGGAAGAAAUGCACAUUCGGUGGAUUUUACAUUUUUUUAAAACCUGCAGUGCUAGUAGUGGAUGUACAACUUAUUGGAAGAAUUUUCCGUGAUAAUGAAAAUAGUUGUUUUAAAGAUGUGUGCGGCGAUGCACGCAGUGUUUAUAAUUUUAACAACUUUAACACUGAAUUAAGUACAAGGUUAUUAAAUAAAAUUUCAGACAGCAUUGAACAAAUUUGGUUAAGAUUACUUCCAAAUUUUUCCGAUGAAGAAGAAGUCAAUUUUAGUGAUAUAAUUAAAAAUAAGUUUACUAUAUUGGUAUUAAAAGAUUUUUUCAAUGUAAAGUACGACUUUUAUGAUUUAGAAAGCAAAAACGCGUUUUCAAUUUUUCAAAAACUCUUUACAAUCAGCUACCCACAUUUUGGUUCAUUUCUUAAAACCGAUGAUAUCGACACAAAAAUGUCUACCUUGGAUGCUAGAAAAGAAGAAAUAAAAAAUAAAUACAUCUGGCAAACGUUGGAGAAGGAAGGUUUUUCUGAUGAAGAAAUUAAACUUUGUAUUUUUUGUCUGGUCAAAGCCCUGAGAAAAAUUAAUAACACGUUACUGUUUACGUUGUAUGAAUUGAGUAUCGAUGAAGAAGUACAAACAGAUUUAAGAGCAGAAGUCGCCAGAUUUAAAAAAAGUAAUUCCACUGUUACCUACCAGGACCUGAGCGAACUGGAAUAUUUGGAAACAGUCGUCUGUGAAAUUUUGAGGAAGUACCCCACAGAACCAUUUGUGUACAAAAUUUGUGAGAGAGAUUAUUCGAAAAAUGAUGUACAAUUUCCAAAAAAUAUGCUAAUUUUUGCAUCUAUAUUUGGUAUACAUCAUGAUGAUCGGGCUUAUAUUAAUCCCGAACUGUUCGAUCCUGACAGAUUUUGUAAAGAAAAUUUAAAAUUUGUUGAUUCAACAAAGUAUUUACCUUUUGGAUUCAAGGAUGAAAAUGACUUCGGUAUACUUUAUUUGAAGCUCAUAGUGAAGGCAACCCUUGUAGAACUUCUAUCAAGGUUCAAAUUUUCUCUGUCAAAGAAAUCGCCAAAAACAAUACAGUUUAAUGAAGCUAAUUUUACGAAUCUAGAACUGGCUGAAGACGUAUGGCUAAAUUUGUGUGUUUAGAGUAUAAUUUAUUGUCUUUCUAUAAAAAGAAUAAUAUUCUGUCAAAAAUAUUGGAUAGGUAUGUAUGUGUAGUGAUUGAUUACUAUUAGAUUACGUUUGUCAUUUUAAAUUCCUGUACGUGUCUAAGUAACUAAAUCCAAGACUAAACAGUACAUAUUUUUCUGUAUUCACAUUGAUAGAGCAAUAAAGUUAAAUGUGUGCCAUGCAAUAAUUUAUUAUUUCAUAUUUUCAGGUUACCAGUGGUACGUUACAGUAUCAUCUUUUCAUUAUUAUUUGAUCGUUUUCAUUCUUAAAAGAAAUACCACGUACGAGUUUCUUGGCUCAGAUUU